AUGACGGUAGAAAAAAGUAAACAAAUUUUCAAUGUGGCGGCAUUGUGUUUAGUUUGGUACGUUGUAUCAAGCUCGAAUAAUGUUAUCGGAAAAUUGGUAUUGAGCGGUUUUCCGUAUCCAAUGACCGUCACCAUGGUCCAACUCACAUCAAUCACACUGUACAGUGGACCGUUUUUUAACUUAUGGGGUGUUCGUAAAUAUUCAGACAUCUCAUGGAGAUAUUACAUCAAAUUGAUCAUUCCGUUGGCGUUGGGAAAAUUUUUCGCUUCCGUCACAUCGCAUAUAUCAAUUUGGAAAAUUACUGUCUCGUAUGCACACACGGUUAAAGCGACGAUGCCGUUGUUCACAGUGAUUUUGACACGGAUUUUCUUCAGAGAAAAACAAUCAACAUCGGUGUACUUGAGCCUAAUACCGAUCAUUGCCGGCGUUGGAAUUGCAACUAUGACUGAAUUAUCCUUUGAUAUGAUUGGAUUGAUCUGUGCACUGUCCGCCACACUUGGAUUCUCAAUGCAAAAUAUCUUCUCGAAAAAAGUGCUGAAAGACACCGGUAUUCAUCACCUUCGACUGUUGCACAUCCUUGGACGCUUGGCAUUGUUUCUUUUCCUUCCCGUUUGGCUAUACAUGGAUUUCUUUAGGAUUAUUCGCGAGCCAGCAAUUGUAAAUGGAGACUACAAAGUGAUAGCGUUAUUGUUUGCUGACGGUGUUUUGAAUUGGCUUCAAAAUAUCAUUGCGUUUAGUCUAUUGUCGCUGGUAACGCCUCUGACGUAUGCCGUUGCAUCGGCGUCAAAGCGUAUAUUUGUAAUUGCCAUAUCAUUGCUGGUGCUUGGAAAUCCGGUCACGUGGACAAACAUUUUCGGAAUGAUGCUUGCCAUUUUGGGCGUGUUAUGUUAUAAUCGUGCCAAACAUCUAUCAAAACAGGCAACAAAUAUUUUGCCAUCAUUUUUUCCGAGUCGCAAAGAAAGUGGCGGCAUACCUUAUAAGCCAUUAAUAACAAAUAAUAAUGGUUUGACGUCACGUAUAACCGCCUCGAAGAACGGCACCGUUACAAAUCUCCUGCUAAGUGGCACUGAUCACAGUUUCACCGUCAACGCAAAUAAUAAACUUUUAUUCGUAUGAAGAAAAAAAACACACACACACAAACACGUAUACACAAAUCAAGUCGCGGGUUUUUUUUUCUCUACAACAGACGAUUAUUAAUUUGUAAAAUAUUAGAUAAAGAAAUUAUGUUUACUUUUGAUUAGCUUAGACUUGAAUUGUAAAGGAAAAGACGUAUUGCCGCUCAAGAUACACACUUUUUACCCGUUCAUUUUGUAUCCGAGUCGAGAGAGAGUGAGAGAGACAUGAACGCGCGCGACACAAACAAUCGAUCGUAGUAUGUCUUUCGUCUAUCGAUAAAUGACAAGCGUCGCAACGAACACAGUAUUCUGCCUCGAUCGUUCUAUUGAUAUUCGUGUAAAAUUUAUCUAGCAAAAUGUUAUUUUAUUAGAAGUUUAUUUUUGUAAAGAGAAAACAAAUGAGAAUGCAAUGCGCAGAAAAAUGAAUUUAUUUAUUUGUAUGUAUGUUCUUCAAUACAACACGAGAGAUAGAGAGAAAAAAUAAACAAACUGUCUCUUUAAAGCAUCAAUAAAAUGAACAUGUGCAAUUUUCGUGUCACAUGACAAGAUUAA